AAGAGGGAGUGAAAUCGUUGUGCGCCCGAUUUGUGCCCCUCAAAUUUCGGAAAGUUGGGCCAGUCAAACCACAUUGGUUUGACAAAGAGUACAACAAAAUGGCCCGACGGCGACGUAGACUAUGGAACAAAUUCGUGUUAUCUGGCUCUGAUGAGGACUACAAUGCGUACAAGGUACAACGAAAUCGCUGCAACAACGCGAAAACAAGCAAACGCAGAAGCUUCGAAGAGGAGCUUGCAACUGCCGCAAAAACUGCUCCCAAGAGGAUCUUCGCAUAUGUGAAGCGGCGCCUAAGGCCUAUAGCCAAUAUCCCAGUGUUAGAAGGCUCAGAAGGACAGCCUCUAACCUCGAGUACAGAUCGUGCGUCAGCAUUGGCAACGCACUUCGCCUCCGUAUUCGCAAGUGACCAGGUGUCUGUAAUGAGUUCGACGAGCACCGCUCCAGCCGAACUUAACAGCCUGGACUGCAAUAUUGAGGAUGUACGCAAGAUUCUAGCAAAUCUUGACGGGACGAAACCUG